AUGCGUAUUGAGAAGUGCUGGUAUUGCUCAAGUAAUAUAUACCCUGGCCAUGGUGUAACAUUUGUAAGAAAUGAUGCAAAAGUGUUUAAAUUUUGCCGAAGCAAAUGCCAUAGGCAUUUUAAGAUGAAACACAAUCCAAGAAAAUCAAAAUGGACAAAGGCCUAUAGAAAGACUCAUGGUAAAGAGAUGAUUAUGGAUAAAACAUUUGAAUUUGAAAAAAGACGUAAUUGCCCAUUAAGAUAUGAUCGUCAACUAUAUAUUAAGACAAUCAAGGCUAUGCAAACUAUUGACAAAAUUAAACAAGAUAGGAAAGAGAGGUUUUAUAAAGUUCGUUUAAUGAAGCAACAACAAGCUCAGAAAACUCUUGCAGAUAAAGAAUUAGAAAAGAAUACAACAUUACUAAAAGGACCCGAAAUACCAUUAACUGAAACGGUUAAGAUGAGAGAUGUAUCAUUAAAUUCUGUAUUACGUAAGCAAAAGAAGAGAAUAGACAAGAUAACUGAGAAAAGACAGUUAUUUGUAAAUGAAUAUCAAACUCAAGAUGUUGAUAUGGUAGAUGAAAAUCAUCUAGAUUCUGAAGGUGAAAUAGUUCUGUAA